UGUGCUGGGAGAGUGGAGGUUCUUCAUGAUGGUCAGUGGGGAACAGUGUGCCAUAAGGGCUGUGAUAUGAGAGAAGCUGCAGUGGUGUGUAGAGAGCUGCGCUGUGGGGAGGCUGUAAAUGUGCGGUUUUAUGCUCACUUUGGACCGGGAUCAGGACCAAUCUGGAUGGAUUAUGUGGACUGCAGAGGAUCAGAGUCGACACUGAAGGACUGUUGGUCACUUGGGUGGGGGAAACAUGACUGUAAUCAUGAUGAUGAUGCUGGAAUCACCUGCUCAGAUCAUGAAGCUGAGAAUAGUGAUGACACCAUUACAGCUGAUCAGAAGACAGUUAUACUGACAGACAGUGUGAGGUUGGCGAAUGGUGGAAGUCGCUGUGCUGGGAGAGUGGAGGUUCUUCAUGAUGGACAGUGGGGAACAGUGUGUAGUUCUGCCUGGGAUAUGAAAGAUGCUGCAGUGGUGUGUGGAGAGCUGCGCUGUGGGGAGGCUGUAGAUGUCCGUUAUUGGGCUGAUGUUUCCUUUAGACAAGGAUCAGGACCAAUCUGGAUAUAUGAUUUAUACUGUAGAGGAUCUGAACUGAUGCUGAGCAAUUGUAGCUCACAAGGGGGACAUUACUGUGAUCAUAGAGUAGAUGCUGGAGUCAUCUGUUCAGGUCAGAAUGUGAAACUCACUGCUGGUCCUCACCGGUGCUCUGGGAGAGUGGAGGUGUUUCAUGGACGUUCCUGGUCCACAGUGUGUGAUGCUGACUUUGACCAGCAGGAUGCAGAGGUUGUGUGUCGAGAGCUGGACUGUGGGAUUCCUGUGGAGGUUCUGGGAUCAGCUGCUUUUGGACGAGGGGAGGGUCAGGUGUGGACAGAGGAGCUUCAGUGUAGAGGGAACGAAUCUGACAUUGCUUUCUGUCCAACAUCAUCUUCACUCAAACAUUCAGACUGUUCCCAUGACAACGAUGUGGGAUUAAUAUGUUCUGGUCACACAGAGGCGCGGCUGGUGAACGGACCGGACUCCUGUUCUGGUCGAGUGGAGCUCCAGUACCUCGGUGAGUGGGGCACAGUUUGUGCUGUAGGCUGGGAUAUGAGAGCUGCAGAUGUUCUGUGUGCACAGCUGGAUUGUGGGAGUGCUGUGGCUGUGGUGGAGGUGGACUGGUUUGGGGAGGGGAGUGGCCACAUCUGGGCUGAUGUGUUUGAUUGUCAGGGGAAGGAGACACACCUAUCACGAUGUGGCGUCUCAUCAUGGAGUCGAGCUGCAUGCUCUCAUAAACACGACGCUGGAGUCAUCUGUAAUGGAUCAUCCAUGGUGUUUCAUGAGGGGCGAGUGCGGUUGUCUGGAGGGAGAGAGUGUCAGGGGGAGGUGGAGAUUUAUUUCAGGCAGGACUGGAGGAGAGUUCUCCUGGACUCGUGGAGUCUGUCUGAGGCGUCUGUGCUCUGCAGACAGCUGGGCUGUGGCUCUGUGCUGAACUACCGCUCCUCUCCAUCCACCACUGAACACAAACACAUGUGUGUAACGGGUUUCAGCUGCUCUGGGAGUGAAGAUCAUCUGGGGAACUGCAGCAGGCCACAAGCUGAACCUGUCAACUGCAGCUCUGGGGAACAGCUCUACAUCACCUGCUCAGGUUGUGUUAUAGUUCAUGACGACAGAACAAACAUCAACCCCCGCUCCAUCAGGUUGGUUGGUUCUGGGGGAGACUGUGCAGGAAGGCUGGAGGUUUUCCACAGCGGCUCGUGGGGGACAGUGUGUGAUGACUCGUGGGAUAUUGAGGAUGCCCAGGUGGUGUGCAGACAGCUGCAGUGUGGAGUGGCCCUCAGUACCCACAUACCAGCCUGGUUUGGUCCUGGAACUGGGUCCAUAUGGCUGAAUGAGGUGGAGUGUGAGGGGAACGAGACGUCCCUGUGGAACUGCAGAUUUCAGCUGUGUGAAGAGGGUGAAUGUGGACACCAUGAGGACGUAGGAGUCGUCUGCUCAGAGUUUAAAGAGAUCCGACUCUCAGAGGGCUGUGAGGGGAAUCUGGAAGUGUUCUACAAUGGAACCUGGGGUAAUGUGUGUUACAAUGAGAUGGAUGAUGAGACGGUAAACAUGGUGUGUCGAGAGCUGAACUGUGGAAGACGAGGCAGUCUGUCAAACACUGAAGCACGAGUAAAAUCUGCUCCUAAUUGGCUGGAUGAACUGAAAUGUAGGAAACACGACUCUAAUCUGUGGCAGUGUCCAUCUUCACCCUGGGGACAGAACAGAUGUGAUAAUCGUGAAGAGGCUGCUCGUAUUACCUGCACAGAAGAUGGAACGUCUCUACGUACUCAUGGGACAUGUUCAUCAUUUCCUCUUCAGAAAUACUGCUCAAAGCACUGGUCUCUCAGGCUGAGUGGAGGAAAGGGAAGCUGCUCUGGGAGGUUGGAGGUGUAUCAUAACUCUACGUGGGGCUCCGUUUGUGAUGAUCGGUGGAACAUCAGGAACGCUCAGGUGGUGUGCAGACAGCUGGGCUGUGGGUCGGCGCUGAGUGAUGAUAGGAAUGUUUGGUUGGGUUCUGGUGAAGGGACUAUCUGGAUGAACAGAGUGAAGUGUCGAGGGGAUGAGAUUCACCUGUGGGACUGUCAUCAUUCCCUGAAGAACCACACUGACUGCUCUCAUGCUGGAGUCACCUGUGCAGCUCCACCCACCCCUCCACUGGUUCCCUUUGUGUUGGGAACGCUGCUCUUCCUGGCCUUAGUGCUUCUGCUGGUACUGUUUUACCAGAACAGAGUUCUCAGGAGAGUUGUCUCUAGGACGAGGCGUAAGACUGAGCCUGAGGCAGUCUAUGAGGAGAUCAACCACAGAUACAUGGCUAGAAGAAUCACGAGCUUCACUCAAAGAGGAAGUCUCCUCUCUGAAGAACAGCAUUCUGGGUAUGAGGAUGUGGAUGAUGAGCUUCUCUCAGGUAAAAAUGUCCAGAGUGUGAGUUUGUCUAACUCCAUUAACUGAAAGAUAUUAGAAUUACAAUUAGAAAUCAGAAAUGACUAAAUUUCUCCUUUCUGAGACGUGAUUAUGUUUAAAAACCCUGAAACAAAUAAAUUGUUCUUUUUACAGUAAAGUCUGGGAUGGGAGAAAAGGCGGAGUAUUAUGAUGA